GUCCAUUUCUCCUGAAAAAAAAAUCACCGUGUGCUUUUCUCCUUCUCCGACUUGUUGAUGUUGAGUUGGCAUUUUGGAUGAGAACCUGAAGGGGUCUAGAUAAGCAAGUACUAGAGCUGAUGAGGAGGUGAUGAAGUACUCAGUUUGAGAGAAGUGAAGGGCAACAGUGAGGGCAAUGACGCUACGUAGAGUGAACGUGGUCAUCCUUGUGCUGCUGUCAAUAGCCUUUUUAAUAAUUGUACAUCGAAAUCUGCUGAAUCUCAGUGAUUUCCUAAGACAGGACAAUUCAGAUGUAGCACCAGGUAUGAUACUGCCCUUCGAAACUGGAUUCUUCUCGGAUCGUAAAGUCAAGACAGGAGCGGAGAUCCCGGUGGUCAUCACAGCUGCGGAGGAGAGGCUGGGGGCCGCUGUGGCUGCCAUGAACAGCGUGAAACAAAACAGCAAGGCCAAUGUGGUUUUCAGCAUAGUGACUCUGAAUGAGUCUGUGGAGCAUCUCAGGACCUGGUUAAGUAAGACUGACAUCAAACAUAAAAUCAUCACAUUUGAGCCCAAGAUCCUUGAGGGGAAGAUUUCACAAGAUCCACAAAAGGCAGAUUUGGUGAAACCGCUAACCUUUGCUAGAUUCUACAUGCCAGUGUUCUUACCUGAUGCUGAGAAAGCAAUUUACCUGGACGAUGAUGUUAUAGUACAAGGAGACAUUCAGGAACUUUUUGACACAAGCCUGAAGGCUGGACACGCAGCUGCUUUUUCAGAGGACUGUGACUCUGCGUCCUCCAAAGGAUUUGUUAGAGGAGCAGGAAACCAGAACAAUUAUAUUGGCUUUCUGGACUUCAAAAAAGAAGCUAUUAAGAAACUGGGAAUGAGAGCAAACACAUGUUCUUUCAAUCCUGGAGUCAUCGUGGCAAACUUAACCGAAUGGAAACACCAAAACAUCACCCGGCAGCUGGAACAGUGGAUGGAGCGUAAUGUCAAGGAAGACCUCUACAGCAGAACUCUAGCAGACAGCUUCACUACACCUCCCCUGCUUAUUGUAUUCUACAAGCACCACUCCAGCAUUGACCCCAUGUGGCAUGUCAGGCAUCUCGGAGCCACUGGAGCUGGAAAUCGUUACUCUCCACAGUUCGUCAAAGCUGCCAAACUGCUCCACUGGAACGGACACUUUAAGCCAUGGGGCAGAACCUCCUCGUUCUCUGAUGUUUGGGACAAGUGGUACAUUCCAGAUCCCACAGGGAAAUUUCAUCCAAUUAGAAGACACUCAGGGGACAAAUAAACCUGGAUUCGAAUUACAGGGGCACUUUGCACAACUAUUGCAGUUCGCAACAACGACCUACUUUGUUGCAUCUGAACAUCUAGCCUACUGUACAGUAUUUUGCAGUUCUACAGAGUAUUUUAAGCCCAGUUAGGGAAAGAUAGGAAUAGGAUAACAUAGCUGCCUCUGGCCUCUUCAGUGAUGACCAUUCUGGGUGACAUUCCUUUGGAAAACGAUGUUUAAUAUUGUUUUGUAACUGUGUCAAUUUUUUUUCCCUUUUCACACUAGGUCUCAGCUAACUCUAAGGACAGAAGGUACCUAGAGGAUAGUUCAUAGGAAACUAAAAUGCUACCUCAGCGCUCAGUGUGUGCAGUAUGUGUGUUGAAACAAAAGGUCCAGGGUUUCUUUUUUGCAUCACUUUUUCUGUAACCCACUACGUUGCUCAAAUGUACUCUAUUGCAGUUAUGACACUCACCCCAUGACCUGUUACACUAACCUUUGCCUUUUAAUUUUGUAGCUUUCCAAGCUUGGAACAAAACCACUGACAAUGUUACGCAUCAGAUUUGUUGCUUAUUUUCCUUAAUUUAGAUUUACUUACAGUAUAAAGUAAAAGCAUGCAUUUUGUGUUGUGCUCAUAUCUAUGAGCAAGUUAAAUGCCAGAGCAACAGCCAUCCCCACUACAUAUUUUACUUCUCUGUUGUUGGGGACAGAGUGCCAAUUUGUAUAUAGAGAAGCGAUUAUGUAUUUAUGCAUUGAAUAAAGUUGAAUAAAAUUGGUA